GGGGGAAAAUUGUGUGUGUAUUUAGUUGACCCUGCUCACACCUGUUGGGAUGGCUCAACUUGCAAAAUAAUUAUGGUCAGGGGUGUGUUAGAUAAAUCAUACAAAAGUAAAGGCUAGUCGUCCUAUCUCAAUGUAUCACACACCCCACACAAAUGAUAAAAUACACACUUGAUCACUCCCAUCUUGGCAGCUUUUGAAUAUUAGACACGGACCUGUGUCCUAUUGCAGGGAAGAAGAUAGUGUGUUUGUCUGGGUUAGUAUGAAUGUGCUGCUGUUCUCUGUCCCAGCGGGUGUAAAUAGACUUGGGGGUUGAGGAUAUUUUUUCUUUCUGUUGAUUUCACUACUUGUAGUUCUCUGAUUCAAUGUUUCCUUUCUCCUGUCGGUGAAAACACUACUUCUGCUUUUUCUUUUACGCCAGAGACCUUCAUCUGUAUAAUAUGAAUGUGUAAAUGCUGCUGAUUCAGUCGUUGACAAAUCUUAAACUGAGAUAUUACCCUAUAAAGAAAGCCUGUCCCAGGAUUCAAACAAUUGGACCCACUCCUACCAUGAAUAAUGUCUGCCAAUUGGAGACUGACUAACCCCUCCAGGGUUGGGGGUAUAAUUCCAUUUCAAUUAGGAUAUGAAUUGAAAUUCUACCCAUGCCCAAUGCAAUCCAUUUUGGGAACUGGCCAGCAGGAGUUGAAAUUUAAUUGACCCCAACUUGUUACUUGAAUUUGAACAGAAAGACCGUUCAGAAUCCUAAAUAAUUGUAGCUUGCCAUUGCAGGCUUAAAGUGUCCUAAUAUAAUUGGAUAUGCUGCUGAAAUUAAGGUUGUUGAAACAACAGAGGAAUUCUUGAUUGCUAUGUUUUUGUGCACUGUCUGGCUUUGUAUGGAGCAAUGCAAUGAGGGAUAUAGCAGGGUAUGUUAAAAUACCAUGUCUCCUGUUCAACCAUAAGUAUGUGCCAGAAUGUAAACAAAUGACUGUGCUGCUUACUGAAACUGUUUUUGGUUUUGCAUACAGCAAAUAUGUUUUAGUGUUCUCUUACAUAACUACAACAAAAGUUUAUCCUGGCCCAAGAUAACUGCAGGGAUAUCUGGAGCACCCUUGCUCCCAAUAACUGGGGGUUUACUUAAGGAUAUGUGUAUUGUGGCGCUGGAGACAAAACAAAAGAUUGAUUUUAAGAAAUUAGAAAGUACACGAGUACUAAUAAUGUUUGUUGUGUGGAAGUAGUGGAGCAAAUUUGUCAGUAUUUGAAAUAAACUUUUACAUGAAUAUGAAUGACUUGGCUAUUUUCAAUUAUAUUCUCACAUUAUUGAUUUGAUCACCAGUGCUGGUGAAGUUUACAUUAGAAACCAAUAACCAACCAACUGUCUCUAGCUACAGUAAUCUUUACAACCACACAGGGCAGGAUACCGCCACUUUAUGUUGAUAAAUGAAAGUCUAGGAUCACCGUUUUAUAUGUUGAUAAAUGAGUCUAUAUUUACAACCCGUCAUUGGCCACUAGGGGACAGCAGAAAUCCGCAUUCACUAUCAAUGGUCUCUGAAGGGCUACAGCAAAGUGUACAUAAAUGUGUUAUUUAUCUGUACCGCUCAAUGCAGAGAAAUGCAUUUUUAUAUCCUUUCUUCGUGGAGUUAUUUAUCUGAAUGUUAAUGGAAAACGAUCCCAGAUAGAAUUGUGAAACUACUUCAAGGAAGAGGGGAGACCCAAUGGAGGAGGCAGAGUCGAAAGUCAUCGAAGUCCCUCCCACUUUCCCCUCCCUCUUAACUACACGACAAAAGGUUGGUCAUUUCCUCUUCGGGCUCACUGUUGUACUUAGCAGUCAAUGAUGUGGGAUAUUUGAGCAACAAAAAAGCUAAGCGCUAGCUUUUCGUAAAAUAACUGCUAGAAUAGUACUUUUGCUUUUCAAACUCUUGUUUCUUACCCUUUAGAUAAAGUGAAGAUGAGUCUGUCGAAGUCGAUUACACGAGCCACAACUACGAUGUUGAAUUUUCAAAAUGGAGUCGUUGGAGGCUCUUCGUACCCUGCUGGUACCCCUUUGUGCUAUUUCGGCGAGACUGGGGCUGUACGUGCUGGGGCGUCACCGAAGUCAAAAGUGGAUACUGACUUGGGUAAUGGGACUGGCGACACUCCACCACGACCCACGAAGUUAGGAGUGAAUGUCGUGAAAAGCAACGUCCUGGGUAAUCAUUUGUCAGACCGAAGCAACAAUGACGACUCUGACGGUUCUUUGCCCUGCACUCCUCAGAUGGCGUCAGAAUGUGGGCCUGAACUAUCGAAUUGUCAAUCGGGCGAUGAAGUAUUGGAACAUGAUACAAGACAACUAAUUGAAAACGUAUUGGUGGACUAUACAGGACUGUCUCGUUGUAAGCAAAGCAAGGCUCUUACGACGAUGAAGCGAGUGGUGAAGGAUAUAAUAGCAAAGCACCGAUACGCAUACAAUGGUAUGAUCGCCAAACUUGACUUAGAUGACCGAUGCGAUGACAUGAGUUUCAUCAAUUCUGUGGCCAAGACCCUGUUCAGUGAUGGGACCACGAACUGGGGUCGCAUCGCCAGCCUGGUGGCAUUUGGAGCAGUGGUGAGCCAGCACUUGAAGGAGAUUGGCAGGGGACACUGCAUUGAGUCGGUGGGCCAAAAGAUCGCCACAUACCUCCUCUCUGACCAAAGGGACUGGCUGGUCAAAAACAAUGCUUGGAAUGGAUUUGUAGAGUUCUUUCAUGUGCAAGAUCCAGAGUCCUCAGUAAGGAACACCCUCAUAGCCUUUGCUGGAUUUGCUGGGCUUGGGGCAACUCUCGCCAUGUUGAUCAGGUGAAUUGAACUAUAAGACAUCUUACUUUUUUCAACAAAGAAAAUGGACUAUUCCCGCAAGUUCUCUGAAAUCCUUAAUAUCACCAUGAUUGGAAUGACUACCCAAUGAUGUCCUGUUUAGUCAAAGAAGAGGGUCAGUCUGUUGGAUUAUAGUGGCGGACUGAAUUGGGACAGUGCUUUGGUGUCGAGCUCAAGUUAGCUUUUUUCCGCAUCAUGUUUUGGUGCUGUUUUUUUUGUUUGAGUGGCUAUUUGAGGAUAUUUGGUAGUUGUUGAAACAGUCUCCAAAUAUAUUCAUCUGACUACUUAAAUCUAACGGACUUGUUAAAUGGAGCUUUUAUUUAAUGUAAAAAGUACAGACAUUUUAUUUUUGUAAUAAAUGUAUAGAAACAGUUAAUUAAUCUGCAAAUGUUCAACUCUUUUUAAAUAAUCAAGAUGGAAAAGCCUUACCUAAUAGCUUUACUUCACAAUGGCAAAGUUCUGCCUCUGACCAUAAAGUUGGCUCUAAUGACUUGUGAUAUUAGUCAUACAUGUACAAAUGGGGAUUGGUGUAAGAAAGGCAGAAUCUGCAUUGAACUGACCAGUAAGGGCCUUAGACUUUAACUAAGGUAUAUGGUUACCCAGUUUAUGGGCAUUGAAAAUGUAAAGUUCUUAAAGCAGGGAAGACUGUAUUCUACAUGCAAUUAAUUGCCUUACAUGCAUGUCAUCUCGCCUACACCCAAUUCGUAAGAUCAUAUUGCUGUUACUUGGGGUAGAUUUGCCAGUGAUGCCUGGCAUUGCAUUUGCGUGGAUGUAAUGUGACUUCCUGGUUAAGGAAAUCUUGUGGCUGUUGCACUGGGAGGGGGAAGGGGGAACCUGUUUUAAAGUCAGUUCAAAAUUCCACUCAAGACUAUGCUGAUUUUGUAUUUGAAGCAUUUCAUUUCCAAGUUAUAUCCAUGUAAAUGCAAUGUGCUCACAGGUUUAAGUUUUGAAUAUGAGCUUAAAGAUUGCAAAUGGUAUCUGGCAUUGGUUCAAUAGAGGCAAGAUUGUCUGGACUGUAAACGUGUACAGCAGUUCCACCUAACAAACUAGCACUAACCCUGAUGCAUCGUGCUGGCAAAUUCCGUAAAUCUCCUGAAGUUAUAUGAUUAAAGGAUAAAAUCAUGCAACUUUUGUGACUGCAAUGAAUAAAGACGGACUUUAUUCACUUUGUGGCAGCAAUUGUCUGAAAGCAGAAGUUUGGCUGUCAACUUUGAGACUAUUUCUCAGAAGGGGGGGGGGGGGGGGGUUGUGAAAAGACAGCAGUGACAUCUGCACUGUGCUAGUUUCUGGUGAUGAAAAGUAACCACAUAAACAAAUGAAUUCCUGUGUUGUACAUAGUCAUCUA